CCGCCCCCUACCCACGUGACGGAGACCUACGCGUAUUAUCGGGUGGGGGCGAGCUGGGAAUCAGCGCCCCGCCCCCUACCCACGUGACGGAGACCUGCGCGCAGUAACGGGUGGGGACGGGCUGGGAAUUAGCGCCCCACCCCCUACCCACGUGACGGAGACCGCGCAUGAUCGGGUGGGGGCGAUCUGGGAAUCAGCACCCCGCCCCCUACCCACGUGACGGAGACUUGCGCGCAUUCUCGGAUGGGGUGGGUUGGGAAUCAGCGCUCCGCCCCAUAUCGACGUCAUAGAGACCAGCGCGCGGGAUGUUGGCGGCCACGUGUCCGCCCCGCCUAGCACGCGGCACCGGAUUCAAAAUCAAACCGGCAACGGUGGUUUAACGGUCCAGAAGCUCGGCGAAGAAGAAGAAGGCAGCGAUGGAGGAGGAGGAGGAUGAAAUUCUUCAGAGCCUGGGAGAGGAGAUGGAUGACACCAUGGAUAUGGAUGAAUUGAAGGGGCAGGUGCCGUUAGGGCGAAUGGGUUUGCCGCUACGUAAGAAGAUCGCCAGGCCGUCCGUGGAGACAGACGGUCGGAGAACUGGGGGCCGGAAUCGGCGGUCUAGCGUAUUCGAGGAGAACGCGUUUCAUGAGAUCCUAAAGGAAAGGUUACAUGACACUAUCCUUCAAGUUGUGCAUGUAGACAAGAGUGAACUGGAUGAAGAUGAUGAUGAUGUCUUUGAAGAACCUUUAACCUGGAAACCUAGUCUUGUGAAGCAAAAAAUGGCUAAUACCUAUAAAAUGGUUCCAGAUAGAGAAUUUGACUUUGCUGCAGUUGCAAGAAGGAUGGAUGAGCUUUUCGAGGCUAAGCUAAGAGAUAAGGACAUUUACAAUUUUAAGGCAUUGACUCUUGCCCUUUCUGAUGAUGUGAGAGCCAUAGCAAAAGAUUUGGCACCUGAACGGUUCAAAUUAAUUGCUAGAGUUUUCACUGGAGAACUGAAAAAUCAAGGUAUAAUGGUGUAAAUCAACAGAAUAUUCAACUACUAAAGACCAUAGGCUGAUAUUACUUGCACCUGGCAGGUAUGUUUUCAGUGUGGAGACAUGCAAAAUAGGGCAGGUGUCCAGGCUAUCACAUUCCCAUCUACUCUUGAGCUUACCCUCAAUAAGGACAGUGGCAAAAUCAGCAUUACACCUAUCAAAUGUAAAUAAACAAACUGUUAAAAGUUGAACUAAAUCUAAUAUUACCCUGACUAUGCCAUAAAACGAUUAGUGUGGGCAGGUACAAAUUGGCAGCUAUUUUGUUUUCUCCAAAAUGUUAAGGCUGGGAAGAAAGGGGUUCAUUAUCUUUGGAGGGUGCCCUUUGCCCACUGGGAUCAUCCUUUGAGACGAUAGUUACCUCCUCCCUACCUGCUUGUACUUCAAAACCUUAUCCCCUAAAGAGGGCACAGCCUUCCCACCCAACAUUCUCCUGGCUAUCUCAUUGAGAUUCUAUGGCUGUCAUCUUCCUGAGCCUGCUUGCAGUCCUGGCAGUGUGCUCUACCAAGCUGUGCUGUUGAGACUGUUAUCAGAUUUGCUGGCAGCUCCAGAUGGGAAGGACUUUUUAUAUUGCAAAAAAUAUACUUUAUUAAUUUCUUUAAAAAAACUCAGA